AUGGGAAUUUAUGUAUAUGUAUAGCUGAUUCACUUUGUUAUACAGCAGAAACGAACACACCAUUGUAAAGCAAUUAUACUCCAGUAAAGAUGUUUAAAAAAAAUUAGGACAUUUCUUAUCAGGCCAUUUAAUAAAUAUUUUUCAAAAUGUGAACUGCAAAAAAAAAGUCUAAUCAGGCCUUUAGAUUUAAAUUUUACUUGAUAGGAAACACAUAGGCUAGAAGAAGAAAUUAUUUAAUGACACAAAAAAUAAACAAUGGAGUGAAACUGAGCAGGACCCCCUGGGGUCCUCCUGGGCACAAAUGCCUUUCUGUCAUCCCCAUCCCCCCCUACUUUUGUCAAUUUUUGAAAACUUUCAUAAUAAAAAGCUACAAAAUAUAUUCCCUGCCUAGGAGAAAAACCAUCGUUUCCUGGUUCACUUGGCUUAUUCAGUCACCAGACACUUUAUUUAUAUCAGGAGCAGAAUAGAAAUAUGUACUGAAAUGUCUUAAGCCAAAUGAAUUAGAAAACAAUUCAGGAUUUUAAAUAUGCACACAUCACAAUAUUUUCUUAAAUUCCCUGCAAUGGAACGGCUUUUGUUUGCCAUAACAACCACUAUGUUUUUUUAAAAUGAAGUUCAAGAUAUUUCGCUUUUACAGCCUAAUCGAUGUGGGUAUAGACUUUUUGCAAAUUCUUAGCAUAUUGGAAUGAACCGCUCAUUCCACAGAACCCUCUCAAGAGCCCUUAGGUGCCUUGCUGAAUAAAGGAAGCAAAGGAGUCAAAACACUUUAUUCCAACCUCUCCCCUCCCCCCAAGACAGACAGCUUGGAAACUGAAGACUGAGACUUCCUACCUACCUACCUUCCCUCCCACAAUUUAGUAUGUACAUUAGCAUAACUAGUCAGUUUUACUAGCAUGCCUUUACUAUUCCAGAAGAUUCCUGCCCAAAUUGCUUGAUUGUUCAUUAAAGGAACUUCCACAAGCACCCAUUAACUCUUCCAUCUCUUUAAAGAACAUCAACAGUUUGCACCUGUAGGUUCCUCGCCUACAAAAAUCCUUGCUCUUCCCACCAAUCCUGGACUGCAGCAUCAUGACCGUCGUGCAAUCCCAUUCGUCUUUUGCACUGAAAGACCCCGCCUUAAACCAAACUUCCAAUUCUCAGUGACUUCCAGCCUUGUCUUCCUGGCUCCGCGGACAGUGUCAAGGUGCGGAAGCUCUGUGGAGAUGGUGUCACCACGUAGCAAUAAACUACGUUUUUGUCUCAUUACAAGGUUUAUUGCUGAUAUUUGGCGAGUCAGCAUUGGAAACAAGUUUGAAAUCCAGUGUUCCUUAAGUUCUGUGUUAGGCAGUUCAGCCUAGGUCACUUUUACGUUUCCCACUUUUUAGUCUACCCUUUGCCUCCGCUAAAAAUGUUAGGUUUUAACUUACUUUCGUAAUACAAGCUUCCCUUAUCUCUCUUACACGGCCGCAUUUUUUUUAAAUUCGCAAUUAUUGGUACCCGAAAAACUAUCUGCUUACGUUAUUUUCUCAUGAGCUUUAAGAAAUGAGUAAAACAAAAGGAAUCUGACAGUUCCACCAACAGUGACUAAAUCCGAGCCCGCUCCACAGUCAAAAUCCGAGACAGCUGGUGGGAAGAGCGGCUCUGCGAACUUCGUUCUGGGAAAUGUAGUCCAGGAGGUUCGUGAAAUCUGAGGCGCUUCCCCCUGGGGAUUCUGGGAAGUGUAGUCCGGGAACUGUGUGUAGCCCGAGGCACUUCCGCUCCGGGAAGGCGAGGUCGGGGCCGAGAUUACUCCCAGGGCGUUUUGCCUUCCCAGAACUCGCCCUUUCCCCAGCAGGAAGAGGAAAAAAAUGACCAAAUUCCAGGAGGCGGUGACCUUUAAGGACGUGGCCGUGACCUUCACGGAGGAGGAGCUGGGGCUGCUGGACUCCGCCCAGAGGAAGCUGUACCGAGAGGUGAUGCUGGAGAACUUCCGGAACCUGCUCUCAGUGGGACACCAGUCCUCCAAGCCAGAUAUGAUAUCCCAGUUGGAGAGAGAGGAAAAGCUUUGGAUGAUGGAGGUCCAGACCCAGAGAGGUGGGCAUUCAGGAGCCAGGAAUCACAAUGAGAUGGAGACUCUUCAUGAAACAGGAGUAAGAUUCCUUUCAUUGGGCGAGCUUUCGUGCUGGCACAUCAAGAGACACAUUGUGAGCAAAUUAACCAAAAGACAGGACUCUGUGAUAAAUAUUCACGGAAAGAAUUCUCAGUCCACCAAACAACAUAAUUCCCCUGCAGGAGUGUCUAUUCAGGCUUCUGUGGAAGACAGCUGUUUAAUGACACUUCUAGAGGAUCAUUCUAAUGUUAUUGAAAAUCAAGAAUUUUCAACUGGGAGAGCUCAGAAUUCCUGGAAUAAACUCUAUCUGAAUGGGACUCAGAAUUAUCAGAGAAGUUGUAAGCUGACUCCAGUGAAAAACAAGUUCUGUAUGUUUGUUCCAUGUGCUGAUAUUUUCAGUUGUAUCUCCCCCCACCUCGAUGAUGACACGGUGCACAAAAGAGAGAAAGCUCACGGCAACAGAGAGUGUGGUAAAGAUCUCUUAAAGGCAUCACCUCUGGCCCCGUGCAGUAUCAUUCAAACUGGACCGAAAACCUACCAGUGUAACGAACGUGAGAAAGGAUUCAGUGACCACACCAGCCUUGAACUUCAUCAGCAGGUACACUUGGGCAGGAAGUCCCCUACAUACAGGACACAUGAGAAGGACAACGGUUAUAGCUCUGCUAGUCCCAUUCAACAGGGUGUCCUCCCAGGGAAGAAACGCUAUUGGUGUCACGAGUGCGGGAAGGGCUUCAGUCAGAGCUCAAACCUGCAAACUCACCAGAGAGUCCACACGGGGGAGAAGCCCUAUUCAUGCCAUGAGUGUGGGAAGAGCUUUAAUCAGACCUCACACCUGUACGCCCACCUGCCCAUUCACACUGGAGAGAAGCCCUACAGAUGUGAGAGCUGUGGGAAGGGCUUCAGUCGUAGCACAGACCUCAACAUCCACUGCAGAGUCCACACGGGAGAGAAACCGUAUAAGUGUGAGGUGUGCGGGAAAGGCUUCACCCAGAGGUCCCACCUUCAGGCCCACGAAAGAAUCCACACUGGAGAGAAACCAUACAAGUGUGCAGAUUGUGGGAAACGCUUCAGCUGUAGCUCAAAUCUUCACACGCACCAGCGUGUCCACACUGAGGAGAAACCCUACAGAUGUGAGGAGUGCGGCAAGUGCUUCAGCCUGAGCUUCAACCUUCACAGUCACCAGCGCGUCCACACGGGAGAGAAACCCUACAAAUGUGAAGAGUGUGGGAAGGGUUUUAGUUCGGCCUCAAGCUUCCAGAGCCACCAGAGGGUUCACACAGGAGAGAAGCCAUUUCGAUGCAGUGUGUGUGGGAAGGGCUUCAGCCAGAGUUCCUAUUUCCAAGCCCAUCAGAGAGUCCACACUGGAGAAAAACCCUACAAGUGUGAGGUGUGUGGGAAGCGCUUCAAUUGGAGCCUGAAUCUUCACAACCAUCAGAGGGUCCACACGGGAGAGAAACCCUAUAAAUGCGAGGAGUGCGGGAAGGGUUUCAGUCAGGCCUCGAAUCUUCAAGCUCAUCAGAGCGUCCACACGGGGGAAAAGCCCUUCAAAUGUGAUGCGUGUCAAAAGCGAUUCAGUCAGGCCUCCCAUCUUCAAGCCCAUCAGAGAGUCCACACGGGAGAGAAACCAUAUAAAUGUGAUACGUGUGGUAAGGCCUUCAGCCAGAGGUCGAAUCUCCAAGUCCAUCAGAUAAUUCACACUGGAGAGAAACCAUUCAAAUGCGAGGAAUGUGGGAAAGAAUUCAGCUGGAGUGCCGGGCUCAGUGCUCAUCAGAGGGUCCACACAGGAGAGAAACCCUAUACGUGUCAGCAGUGCGGCAAGGGCUUCAGCCAGGCCUCACAUUUCCACACCCAUCAGAGGGUCCACACUGGAGAGAGGCCUUACAUAUGUGAUAUAUGUUGCAAGGGCUUCAGCCAGAGGUCACAUCUUGUUUACCAUCAGAGGGUCCACACUGGAGGGAACCUGUAGAACUGGAAGGUGAGGAAUGGCCUCCAGAUAAUCCACGUCUUCAUCUCUAUUGGAAAGUCUGUGCUGGUAGUUGUGGGAAGUUCCUGCAGAACUUGGAAACAUCAAGGAAUCUUCAUGGGAAAGAAGUUCUCUAAAAUGCUGUGUUUUUAAAGAUCCAGUUGGGAGGUGAACUCUUUACUAACAUCAGAGGUUUCACAGAGGAGAGAAAACGUAUUCUAUAAAUAUGGUCAGUGGUUAUACCAGAGCUCUGAAUGCCCCGAUUCUCAGGAUGUGACACAAGAGAAGAAUCAUUGGCAUCUAUUCAGGAGAGAAGGCUUAUACAUGAAGGUUAUGGGCAGGGCUUGAACAAAAGUAUAAUGAUGGACAAACAAUUGAUGUCAACUGCAGUGUACCCCUCCACAUAGGGAGGGCUGUUUUUCACCAUUCUAUCUCUACCGUGUAGAACUGUGCUUGGCUCCUAAUAGGUGCCUGGCAAUUACUGAACCAAGGGGAGAAAAAUCCCUCUAAUUAGGACAAAUAUUUGAAAUUUCUGGUAGGCUUCCUAUCCUAAAUUCAUAACAUGCUCAAGAGGAAUCCUGCAAGUCGCCUUAAUGAGAUUGUACUUCAAUUAAUAUUUCCUAAAAUCAGAAUCAUGUAAUAUCGCCAUCCACAAUAGUACAGAUUUGGACAAGGCUUAUGAAUGGCUGCCACCCUCCAUCCAGCUCCAGUUAUAUGUACAGAAUCACCCAUUGUGUGCAGUGUAAUAUUUAGCAUCAUUAGUUUGUAUUUUAUAGACUGAAAGACUUUUAUUAAUCUAAUAACAUACUGCAACUUAUAGGAUUGGAAAUUUUGAACCCUAAUUAAUUCCUUAAGGUAGGGUUUUACUGUAACUCUGACAGUGUUAAAAGUAGUUACUAGUAACAGAAAGUUUCUUAGUAAACUUGAAUUGUUAAUAAUCGGUUUCUUUGCAUUAUUUCCAUUCAGGCUCAGGUCACAUUGCCUUUUCUAUGCAUGGUCCUUCAUCCAGACCUCUUUAGGCAGGAGCUUUGGCAGAAACCAAGGAUAUUAAUUUUGUCACAUUCCACCCCCAUUGUUCCCCCUCUAAAAAUGGGGUGGGGUAGACAAAAAACCUGUUGGAUUUUGAUUGAGAUUUCAUUAAAGUUAUCAGUUUAGAUUAAUUGUCAUAUACACAGCAUUCUGUGUUCAACACCUAUUAGUAGGAGUGAACAUUUGUUGGUCAAUAUGUAUCAAAAUAGUCUGCCCUGGCAAAUCCUAGCAUUAGAGGUUUUGCUUAGGAGAUUAUAGCAACAGUAAGGAAAACUGUACACAAAGAUGUUUAUACUGAAUUUUUAAAAAAGGAAAUGAGUAUCAGCAAAAUAUUUACGUAAAUGUAUUCUAAUAUAUAGCCAUGAAAAAAUACGAUAUAGAUGUAUAAUGACAGGAAAAAAAUUGUCAUCCACGAGAAAACUAGGUUAGAGCCUUCCUGGUAUAAUUCAAGUAAUAAGGGGAUGUGUACCUGAAUAUGCGAUUAUGUGCAUAGCACUAAUAGGUGGAAAGAUAUAUAUAUUUAUUUUUUUGUCUGCAUUGGGUCUUCGUUGCUGUGUGUGGGCUUUCUCUAGUUGUGGUGAGCGGGGGCUACUCUUUGUUGCAGUGCAUGGGCUUCUCAUCGUGGUGCCUUUUGUUGUUGCAGAGCAUGGGCUCUAGGCACGCAGGCUCAGUAGUUGUGGCACACAGGUUCAGUAGUUGUGGCUCUCAGGCUCUAGAGUGCAGGCUCAGUCGCUGUGGCACACGGGCUUAGUUGCUCUGCGGCAUGUGGGAUCUUCCCGGACCAGGGAUCGAACCCAUGUCCCGUGCAUUGGCAGGCGGAUUCUCAAUCACUGUGCCAGAUGGGAAGUCCCAGGUGGAAAGAUAUUGAUUAAUAUGCUACCUGGUUUACUCUGGCAGAGAGGGUUGGGAUGAUUUUUCUUUACCUUUUUGAAAACUUAUUUACAGUGGCCAUUAUCCAUUUUACCAAAGCAGUAAAACUGGGACAAUAAAAUUAACUGAAUGAAAAUCCCUUACAGCUAAAUCUUAACUGCCUUAUCUCAUGACCUGUAAACUUGUGUUACGGAUGUACAUAAAGCAUGUUCACCAUUGCAUUAUUGGUGAUAGCACACUUUGCAUUCAUCAGUUGGAUCUGACAAAAAAAAUUUGUGGCCUAGCCAUUCAUGGAAUACUAUGCAGAAUCAAAUGAGAAAAGAUAAGUUCAUAGUUACCGAUAUUAGUAGAUAUCCAGAAUAUGCUGAGGAAAGUGGGCAGAGACAUAGAAUUUUUUUUGAAAUGGUAUAUAAAUUUACUGUGAUGCCCUCCCUUUAAAAAUAACCAGAUCAUAGCCAUACAUAUA